GGUAACUGGGCUGCUCCUCUCUCUGCUGACUCUGUAUUCCUCUUUCACAAUGGCAUCCGGAAAGCUGGUGCUGUUUUCUCUGGCGGUGGGACUAACUGCCUAUUACUUUUAUGACACAGAAACUAUAACUCCAGACAUGGUAAAAGGGAAGAAAGUGCUGAUCACUGGCUCCAGCACGGGAAUUGGAGAGCAGAUCGCAUACAAAUUUUCGGAAUUGGGAGCUCAUGUCAUGCUCACAGCCAGAAGAGCACAGCAACUACAAGAGGUUGCAAAGAAAUGUCUCGAGCUAGGGGCCAGAUCAGCGAAUUAUGUGGUGUCUGAUAUGGGGAACUUGACUUCAGCUCAGAAUGUGGCCCAAGAAACUAUUGACAAGCUAGGUGGUUUGGAUUAUCUGAUUUUAAAUCACGUGGGAGGAUCUGCGUCAUUUGGAUAUUUUAAAGGUGACAUGGAGGCUGUGCGGAGUUCCAUCACUGUUAACUUCCUCAGUUACAUCCAGCUGACAUCCACAGCAUUAAAAGCACUGCAAAAAUCUCAAGGCAGCAUUGUCAUUAUGUCCUCACUGAGUGGUAAGCUUCUUGGAUUUAUGGGAAGCUUU